AUGGAUGCAAAACGGUCCAUUCGCCUUGUACGCAAUUGGCAUGCACGCAGUCGCCAUCCAGACCAAGGCCACACCCCCCCCUGCAUCGCCAAAGGAACGCCCCCCUCCUCCCCGCUGGGGAACAAGAGCAGCGAUGGAACGGCACCUGAAGCCGCACACCUCGUCGACGGUGGAGUCGAUGGGAGCGCGAUGCGGUCUCGAUGA